AAAAUGUCACAGGUCAGGUUAAUCAUUCACUACAAGUUACAAAGGUCAUCAUGGAAGUAAAGAUACAAGUUCUGACUUAGCACCUCGGAAUUAAUUUCGUAUUGUCGUUGUUGCCGCUGAAAAGAGCAUGCAUUUUUGUUUCUUUCAACCUUUCUAGAGGUUUACCAACGAAAGCUCACCUGCAUAAAAUGCUCCAAAUAGAAUGACCUCUUGACUAACAUUUCAAGCACAAAAUGGCGGCAGCAGACGUGCUAGUUGUAAGGCAUUCGGUUGUCUCUCUCGCUGUCGCUGUCCUGUUCGUGACGUUCCCCCAUGUUUCUGCCACACGGGAUCCUCCGCACGAGACGCGUUACUUCAACCAGUAUCUGGACCACUUUAACUACGCCAGCCACGGAGCUGAGACAUUCCAGGAAAGGGUACUCGUUUCUGACGCAUUCUGGAGAAAGGAAGGUCCCAUCUUUUUCUACACCGGGAACGAGGGACCCAUCACGAGCAUAUGGAACGAGGUUGGGUUCAUCAAGGAUCUAGCGGAGAAGUUUGAAGCUCUGAUCGUCUUUGCAGAACAUCGAUAUUAUGGAGAGUCCCUUCCAUUCGGAGAAACUACCUUCAACAAAGAGAACAUGGGUCUGCUGACAGUAGAGCAGGCGUUGGCGGACUAUGCAGUUCUCAUCACCAACCUCACAGCUUCCUAUUGUGAGGACCCGGAUGUGUGUCCCGUCAUCGCUUUCGGCGGCAGUUAUGGCGGGGUUCUGAGCGCCUUCAUGAGGCUGAAGUACCCGAACCUGGUGGCCGGGGCGCUCGCCUCCAGCGCAAAUGUGUACAUGUCCGCUGGUCUCACACCGGGGAACGAGCUCUUCCAGGAUGUGACAGAGGAUUUCCGCAGGUACAACCCUAGGUGUCCGGAGAGGGUCAGAGAAGGUUUCGCUGAGAUGGAGCGGCUGGCAGGCCAGGGGAAACAAGGCCUACAUGAGAUCUCCAGCAGAAUGCGUCUGUGUUCUCCCCUACAACACCAUGCCGACCUGGUAAACAUGUACCGCUGGGUGCGGGAGGCCUUUACCGUGCUCGCUAUGGAGGACCUUCCCUACUCUAUAUCUAACGGACCGUCCCUACCAGCAUACCCUGUAAACGCAUCAUGUGAUCUUCUGUUGAAGGCCUCAGACGGAAUAGAGGGAAUCCUGCAGGCUGUCGGUAUGUUGUACAACUUUACGUCGAACCUGACCUGCUUUGACCUCCAUCGGGAUUUCGUGCCGUGUGCAGACCCGACUGGUUGUUCGCUGAUGCCGGGUGCUCAAGCCUGGGACUACCAGACGUGUACAGAGAUCAGCCUGUUGGAGAGCACGAAUAACGUGACGGACAUGUUCCCGCCUGACGCCUUCACGGAGGAGACCAGAGCCGCGCACUGCUGGCAGCGGUGGGGCGUCACCCCUAGGCCGGGCUGGCUGGCCACCCAGUUCUGGGGAAAAGACCUCAAGCCGUCCAGUAACAUCAUCUUCUCAAACGGCGACCUGGACCCCUGGCGGAGGGGUGGCGUACUGCAGAACGUGUCGUCUUCCAUCGUUGCCAUGGUGAUCGAGGGAGGAGCUCACAUGAUGGAUCUUAGGGUCCCAAACCCCGCUGAUCCACAGUCCGUGAUACAUGUUCGACAACAGGAGGCUUAUCUGAUUGGACGAUGGAUCAGGGAGGCAACCAAUCAGAGAGAGUGAAGAGUUGAAGACUAGUCUUAGUGAUUGCAAACUGGUGUUUACACACUAGUGACUGAACACUCGUGAUUGCACACUAUUAGCAGUCUCCAGUAGACUCUGUGGUUACUAGACAAUAUUUUAAACUCCACAGAGGAUUAGAGUUAGCAUUUGCAACAACGGUGCUCUAAGCACUCUAAUUCAACCUACGUUGGCGUAUUUCUACUAUCUAUCAGUCCGUUAAGAGGGCCCGUAAAGACUACAUUAUUUUUACCUAGCUGUACGGGUGUCUUUUAUUGUAGAGUACCAUGGGGUGACGUCAAUAUCUAUAAAGUUCCCAUAUACUGGUGAUUUUUAGAUGAAGUGAUUUCAUCCCACAGUAUGCAGUUAAAAAGAAAACGAUAAGGAAACAAUGAUAAGGUUGGAAAAGACCAUGAAUGUCUCGUUCAACGACAGAAAAGAAAAAGUUGAUGCCUUAAUAUGCAGAAGUUACACGUCUUGAAGAUAAUCUUCAACACAUA